UUAUGAUUUCACUGUUACCAUCAAAUUCCCAUCUACCAUUGUCAGAAAGCUCCUAUUCAUCCACGAAAUUGGAUCCGUUUUGAUAUCUCAACCCGGACCCGAUUUCAUAUGCAACCGGCUCCAUCAAAAUUUGGUUCGCUGCUCGAAGAUUCACAGUCACUGUCAGAUAUAUAUUGAACCUGUCAAGAAACAAUACAAUAAGAUGGCUGCGUCGCUUCACCCAGAUAAGAAUAAAUGUGUUGGAGCUGAUGGGGCAUUUAGUCUUGUUUCUGAGUCAUGGGUCUCGCUUUCAGGAAGUUCUGUGACCGGUUCUUGUGAUCUCAAGAGAAAUGCAAGAUUGGGUGCUGCGAUUAGAAAACGUUCCAAUUUGUCAACCUCUGGUGGUAAUCGAGAUACAUUCUGGACAGUUUGCAACACUUGUAAGGUUCAGUAUGAGUAUCUGCGAAAGUAUGUAAAUAAAAAACUUUCUUGUAAGAAUUGCCGAGGCACUUUCACUGCUUUUGAAACAGGAGCAGGACCGCCAAAUGGUUCAUACCCGUAUAGUCCUUGGUCAUAUAUGCCUGGCAAAGGGCAUGGAAGCCAUUCAUUUGAUAGAGUUACAUAUGUUCCAACUAGUGGCGCCUACUUCUCUGGCAAACGGGUCACGGGAUACCAUUCAGGACAUGGAUAUGAGUAUGUUUCAAAUGUUCCAUAUCAGGGAAGCUCUUCUGGAUUUGUCAAUCAAAAUGGAUUAACUACCUUAAGUGCUAAUUCCGUUCAGCAGGCCAAUGGGAAUGUAAAGAUGGGAAGACCGAAAGUUAAAACAGGAGCUGGUAGGAAGCAUUACAGGACACAGAAUCCGGUAAAUACAAAUUCUGAUGUAUCACCCUCUUUUAAUGAACCACAGGAAGUUAAGCUUAGUAGACCUGAGAAGAAAAGGAAAGUUGUGGGAGCUAGUUGCAGAAAUGGCCAUGAAGAAAAGGCGUCAAAAUGUGCUUCAGGAUCAACAUUGGCUAAUGGAAAUGAAAGCACUGGACAUGGACAGAGGCUCUCCUGCAAAAGUGAAGUGCCAACCAAGCCGUAUUCCAUGGCACCAGCUUUUGAUGCAAGAAAAUUAUUGAUUGAGAAGGCCAGGACAGAAAUAAGAAAGAAACUGGAAGAGAUGAAGUUGGCAUCUAAAACUGUUGCUGCUGUUAAUGAGAGAGAAAAAUCACAAGCUGAAGCUGGUCAAGUCAAAAGCGGUUCACAUACAAACACAGUUCUGGAUGUUUCUGGUAAUCAUUUCGAGCAUGGGAAAAUUGGUCCAGUCUCAAUGACUGUCCCAGAUCCUGACUUUCAUGACUUUGACAAAGAUAGGUCAGAAGAAUGCUUCAGGCCUAAGCAAAUAUGGGCCUUGUAUGAUGAGGAAGAUGGCAUGCCUCGCUUGUAUUGUCUUAUCCGUGAGGUUAUCUCUUUCAAUCCAUUUAAAGUUCAUAUUAGUUACUUGGGUUCAAAAACAGAUAGUGAGUUUGGCUCAGUGAACUGGAUUGAUUCAGGUUUCACAAAAUCAUGUGGAAAUUUUAGGGCCCUGCACUCUGAUGUUGUUAAUCAAGUUAACAUUUUCUCUCAUGUUCUAAGCCGCACGAAGGUUGGUCGAGGUGGUUGUAUUCGCAUGUAUCCCAGCUGUGGAGAUAUUUGGGCUAUUUACAGAAAUUGGUCAACAGAAUGGAACAGAUCUACACCAGAUGAAGUGAGGCAUCAAUAUGACAUGGUGGAGGUGCUGGAUGAUUACUCUGAGGAGCUCGGUGUUUGUGUUAGUCCCCUUAUUAAGUUGGAUGGGUUCAAAACAGUAUAUAAGAGGAACACUGACAAAUGUGUGAUUCGAUGGAUCCCAAGAAGAGAAAUGUUGUGCUUUUCACACCAAGUACCUUCAUGGCUGCUGAAGGGGGAAGAGGCUUGCAAUUUGCCGGAAAGGUGUUGGGACCUUGAUCCUGCUGCAACUCCAGAUGAGCUCCUUCAAGCUGCUACUGAAGCAAACAUUUCAUAGACAUUGGUUGAAACAAUUAUUUGGAAACUUAUUAUCAUUCUUCUUCCAACAAUGUUUUAGAUUUAACUGCACACUAUGCACACAUAGCGGAGUCCAAUGAAUAUUAAUUACUGACUUUUUAAGAGAGUAAAAUUUUAUUUGGUAUCAUAGAAUUUAAGAUCUACUGAUUGCUUGUUCACCAAAGUCCUCUUGUAACCUUUGUAAGUGGUCAAGGCCAGAUUGACAUUGGAUCUACUGCUGUAACCAGAGUUCUGGCCAAAAUUUACAGGUAAAGAAUUAAAGUCAGAAAGCAAUUUAAAUUUCGAUAGACAACUUUUAAGGGAGAGAAUGGUGACUAGAACUAUCACCUUGUUUGUGGAAAAUUUAAUUAGUGUAUUGUUUCAAAUUUCAUACUACUUUACUGU